AUGGAGACUAAGGUGGGACGCGAUCACGCUGAGCGGAUUUGUGUCAAAAUUGGCUUUGAAGGAUUAUUUUAUGUUGAUAACAGUGGUUUGAGUGGUGGUUUAGCAUUGUUUUGGAGAAAGAAUAAUACGGCGAGACUCCUCAGUUACUCAAAGAACUAUGUUGAUGUUGAGAGAGGGGGAAAUCCGCAUCCGAAUAACCUCCUUCGCGGUUUUGGGGAUACUAUUGAGGACUGUGGGUUGGCCCAAAUGCCUAUGGAUGGAUAUCCGUAUACUUGGGAGAAGGGGAAGGGAACAGUUAAUUGGAUUGAGGAGAGGCUCGAUAAGGUCCUAGUAACAGACGAGUGGCACAACAUGGUGGCGAGGGCCAGGGUGACGAAUUUGAGAAUCCGAAAAUCUGAUCAUUCGGCUCUAUUUCUGGGAAUCCAUGAAUCUUUAGGGAAGAGUGGGGCUGGAAAGAGGGGAUUUCGUUUUGAGAUGGCAUGGUUAUAUGAUGAGGGGUGUAGAGGUGUGGUCGAGCAGUCGUGGCAGGAAGGAAGGGGUCAAGGCUUGCAAAGCUGUAUUGAGUACUGCAGUGACCGGUUAACACGAUGGGGUGGAGAUCGGUACCACAAGUACGGUAAACAAAUUAUAGACCUAAAGAAGGAUCAGCAACAAUUGAGGGGGUGCACUGACCCGGCCUCGCUUGCAGAGUUUCAUCGCUUAGAACAGCUUCUAAGCCGCACUGAAGCCUAG